AGCAAAAACAAAACCGCUUCACCUCGCCGGCUUCCAAGGAGGGGAGCUCGGAUGUCCGGUUUCCUGUGAGCCUUUUACCUGACACUAGUCGCCCUUCCCCGGCACCGGCUGGGAGAGCGACUUAGAAAGUUGGGCACGCGGCGUCCCAGACCCGCUCCCGCCGCGGCCGGCGCGCCCCGGGGGAUCCCCGCCUGCAAAGCCUGGGAGAGGGACGAGGACGGGACCUCGGCCUCACAGGGGCGCCCUCGCCCUCGCCCCCACCCCUGCCCCUGCCCCUGCCAGCGGACCGGCCUCCCCUCUCCCGGUCCUUCCACCAUGCACUUGCUAGGCUGCUUCUCUCUGGCGUGUUCCCUGCUCGCCGCUGCGCUGCUCCCCGGACCGCGCGAGGCGCCCGCCGCCGCCUCCGCCGCCGCCUCCGCCUUCGAGUCGGGACUCGGCUUCUUGGACGCGGAGCCGGACGGGGGCGAGGUCAAGGUUUAUGCAGGCAAAGAUCUAGAAGAGCAGUUGCGGUCUGUGUCAAGCGUCGAUGAACUCAUGUCUGUACUCUACCCAGAAUAUUGGAAAAUGUACAAGUGUCAGUUAAGGAAAGGAGGCUGGCAAUACAAUAAAGAACAGCCCAACCUCAACACGAGGACAGAAGAGACUAUAAAAUUUGCUGCAGCUCAUUAUAAUGCAGAAAUCCUGAAAAGUAUUGAUAAUGAAUGGAGAAAGACGCAAUGCAUGCCACGUGAGGUGUGUAUAGAUGUGGGGAAGGAGUUUGGAGCAGCAACAAACACCUUCUUUAAACCUCCAUGUGUGUCCGUCUACAGAUGUGGGGGCUGCUGCAACAGUGAGGGGGUGCAAUGCAUGAACACCAGCAUGGGCUACCUCAGCAAGACGUUGUUUGAAAUUACAGUGCCUCUCUCUCAAGGCCCCAAACCAGUAACAAUCAGUUUUGCCAAUCACACUUCCUGCCGAUGCAUGUCUAAACUGGAUGUUUACAGACAAGUUCACUCAAUUAUUAGACGUUCCCUGACAGCAGCAUUGCCACAAUGUCAGGCUGCCAACAAGACUUGCCCCCCAAAUUACGUGUGGAAUAAUCACAUCUGCAGAUGUCUGGCUCAAGAAGAUUUUAUGUUUUCCUCAAAUGCUGGAGAUGAUGGAUUCCAUGACAUCUGUGGACCGAACAAGGAGCUGGAUGAGGAGAGCUGCCAGUGUGUUUGCAGAGGGGGCCUCCAGCCUUCCAGCUGUGGACCCCACAAAGAACUAGACAGGAAGUCAUGCCAGUGUGUCUGUAAAAACAAACUUUUCCCCACCUCAUGUGGCACCAACAGAGAAUUUGAUGAGAACACAUGCCAGUGUGUGUGCAAAAGAACCUGCCCAAGAAAUCAACCACUAAAUCCUUCAAAAUGUACCUGUGAAUGUACAGAAAAUCCACAGAAAUGCUUGUUACAAGGAAAGAAAUUCCAAUAUCAAACGUGCAGUUGUUACAGACGACCAUGUACAAAUCGACUGAGGCAUUGCGAUCAGGGACUUUCAUUUAGUGAAGAAGUAUGUCGCUGUGUCCCUUCAUAUUGGAAACGACCACAUGUGAACUAAGAUUGUACUAUUUUCCAGUUUAUCGUUUUUCUACCAUGAAAAACUGUUACCACAUUAGAACUGUCUAUGAACAGAGAGACCUUGUGGGACCAUGGUAACAAAGACAAAAAUCUGUUUUUUUCUGAACCGUGUGGAUAAUUUUACAGAAAUGGACUGGAGCUCAACUGUAAAAUGCUUCUUUUAAAGACUGGUUUUGUGCCAAUGACCAAACAGCUGAGAGUCUGAGAUUUUUUUAAAAAGAAAGAAUGACUAUAUAAUUUAUUUCCACUAAAGAUAUUGUUUCCGCAUUCAUUUUUAUAGCAAUAACAAUUGGUAAAGUUCACAGUGAUCAAUAUUUUUAUAACAUGCAAAUAUGUUUAAAAUAAAAUUAAAAUUGUAUUAUAAACUGGUAAGUUCAGUCUAUUACCAUCUUGCAUUAUAAGCAAAAACUGAUAUUAUGAAACAUUGAUCUCCUCCUUCCUUUUUCCUUUUUCUUUAACCAGGUGUCAGAUUUUGAUGGCUAUGAAAAGAAAAAUCUAAAAGGAAGUUAAGAAGGACAACAGUAUGCUAUUUCAUUUUGAUUAAAUUUAUCUCAGUAUAUUUAAUGAUUAUAAAUAUUGUAGCACAUGAUACUUUGGAAUUUGUCACCAAAUGAAUCCAUGCAGAGCAUCUUAUGAAACAGUCCACUUAGCAUGUCCAUCUGAUAGAAAGUUGUUCAGUGCGCUAGAAGCAUUCAGACUCUUCACUGGGUAUAGAAUCCUUCAGUAUGCAUUGAAAUGGCUUUAAAAUAUUUUCUCAAAAAUAAUCUUUUCCAAAUAUGUAAUUUCUUUUGACCAGCUAAUAUAUUUUUGAAAGCUAAAGUCCUCCUUCCCAAUACUUUUAAAAUAAACUUGAAAUAAUAUUUAUAUUCUCAUAUAUUUUUAAAAUGAAACAUUUCAGCCAUACAACUGAAGUGCAUGUUUCGGGAGUUUUUGUAUUUUUGUUGUUGUUGUUUUAUUUUUGCAGUGCUGAGGAUGUGCUUUACCACAAGCUAUAUUCAAAACCCCAAUGUUUUACUUUUUAAAAGGACAGCAUACUAAAAUACUGCUCUUUAUGAACAGACAUUUUGCCUACAUGAAUAAAAUCAAGCAAAUGA